AUGUGGGCUGAACAAGAUACUGGCUUCCCGGAGGUUCAUUACCUUAAGGUUCCUCAUCUUGGGGACGUUCCUAUUGCAAAAGGCGAGUUUCGAGAACUGCCGGAGAACGUUCAGCGAUUCAUUGGUAAAUGGGUUGAAGUUUGCAAGCCAAAAGACCUUUUCAUUUGCGAUGGUGGCAAGGCAGAGGCUGAUCUUAUCACUGAACAGCUCAUAAAGGGAGGAACCCUUGCCCGCCUCACUGCGUAUGAAAACAACUACAUCUGCUGUACUGACCCCAAGGAUGUGGCCCGUGUCGAGUCAAAGACGUUUAUUUGUACCAAGGAAAAGUACAAGACUGUCCCUCACGUGAAAGCGGGCCUCAAGGGGAUUCUAGGCCAGUGGAUAUCCAUGGAGGAUAUGGAUUCUUACAGCAAAUACCGUUACCCCGGCUGCAUGGCUGGUCGUACUAUGUACGUCAUCCCGUACAGCAUGGGACCCAUCGGCUCUCCCUUGGCGAAGUAUGGUGUUCAGCUCACCGACAGUAGUUACGUCGUCCUGUGCAUGCGUAUUAUGACCCGUGUGUCCCCGCUGGUCCUCGAAAUCAUAAGGGAACAGAAAGCGUUUGUGCGCUGUGUUCACUCCAUCGGAUUACCACUCCCUUAUUCAGGAAAAAUCAUAAAUAAUUGGCCAUGCAAUACUGAGAAGACAAUGAUUGCUCACAUCCCGGACGAACGCAUCAUUCUCAGCUUCGGAAGUGGGUACGGCGGAAACUCCCUUCUCGGUAAGAAGUGCUUUGGUCUUCGUGUUGCCGGUCGUAUUGCCUACGAUGAGGGAUGGAUGGCUGAGCACAUGUUAAUCAUGUCUGUUACCAAUCCUAAGAACGAGGAAAAGUUCGUUUGCGCUGCCUUCCCCAGUGCUUGUGGUAAGACCAACAUGGCUAUGCUGACCCCGUCGCUGCCUGGAUGGAAGAUUCAGUGUGUUGGUGACGAUAUUGCAUGGAUGCGCUUCGAUGACGAGGGUGUUCUUAGGGCCAUAAACCCCGAGGCUGGCUUCUUCGGCGUCGCGCCGGGCACUAAUCACAAAACAAAUCCCACCGCUGCCACCACUGUAGUAGGCGGACCGCACUGGGGUUUCAGUUGGGGGUCUGGUUUCGGACUUACGUCGACUCGCUCGGUAGAAGGAGAUGGGGACGGGGCCGUUUUCACCUUUCCUGAACGGUUGGGCUUAGAUCUUGCCAUCAGACGACCAGACAACGACACAACCUACAGAAGUGGUUCGAACAGUCAAAGAGAAUGUAACAGGAACGAUAUAUUGGAAAAGGGAGAGAUACGAAAACGAGAGGACAAGUGA